AUACAGCAAUAAAAAUGGACAACUCAAAGAGAAUUUUCCAUUUCAAUAAUCCGAAUGAUGUAGCGGAUAUGAUGAAAAUGCUAGAGGAUAAAUCAGAUGCUGAAAAUAUUUUUAAAGAUUCAGAUGAAAGCGACGAUAGCGUGACUGAAGAUAACAUGGAGAGUUCUGAAUCAGAACAAAACGAUGAAGAAUUCAGCGAUGAUGACAGCACAGAUAAUGCUUCAUAUUUUCUCGGAAUAGACAAGUUUAGUAAAUGGUAUCGAGAUAUUCCCAACAAGAAAAAUCGUGCCACGUCUCAUAAUUUGUUGAAGCAGUUACCAGGUGUUAUAGGCCCCGCAAAGUUAUCGAAAUCUCCAGUUGACUGUUGGAAAUACUUAUUCACUGGAGAUAUUCUGGAUAUCAUUGUAAAAUAUACUAACCAAUAUAUAAAUAUUAUCAAAAAUAAAUAUGGAUGGGAACGAGACGCCAAACUUACUGAUGGCAUUGAAAUAAAAGCUUUCCUAGGUAUAUUAUAUUUGGAUGGAGCUUAUAGAGCCCUGGAUUUAGUGGAAGAACUGAAAGAGAUGAAACUUUCCUAUGUUUGUACAGUAAAGAAAAACAAAAGAGAGCUGCCACCUGAAUUUGUCACAACGAAAUCUAGGGAAGUGUAUUCAAGUAGCUUUGGAUUCAAUCGCAGUACUACAUUAGUAUCAUACGUACCGAAGAAGAACAAAACUGUUAUCCUUGUGACCAGCUUUCAUCACAAUAAAUCUCUUGAUUCAGAAACAGGUGAGAAAAAGAAACCAUCAAUAUUUACAUUUUACAAUUUCACAAAGGGAGGAGUAGACAAUGUUGACAAAAUGUGUGCUAUAUUCAGCAUUGCAAGGAAUAUAAAAUGUUGGCCUAUGAAUAUAUUCUUCACCAUGUUUAAUGUUGCUGGCAUAAAUUUGCAGAUAAUUUAUCUGGGAAAUGAUUUGAAACCAAUAAAGAGGCGUCUAUUUCUGAAGCAGCUUUCUCACGAACUUACGUUAGAUGAACUUCAAAGACGAAGUGAAAAAACAAUUGGCAUUCCGCUGCAUAUUCAAACAAAACUGAAAUGA